UGCAGUCCGAAGGCCGGCGGAAGUGCUCUGGGUUGUUGCCGGAAGUGGGCGAGGAAAGGUUGUGAUGGCGGCUGCGACUGUAGCAGAGAAGGUGCCGGUAGACGGCGCGGAGGAACAGCAGCCCCCUGCGGCGGCCGAGGAGCUGGCCGCCCAGAAGCGCGAACAGAGACUGCGCAAAUUCCGGGAGCUGCACCUGAAGCGGAAUGAAGCUCGUAAAUUAAAUCACCAGGAAGUUGUUGAAGAAGAUAAAAGACUUAAGUUACCUGCAAAUUGGGAAGCCAAAAAAGCUCGUUUGGAAUGGGAACUACAAGAAGAAGAAAAGAAAAAGGAAUGUGCAGCAAGAGGGGAAGACUACGAGAAAGUGAAGUUGCUAGAGAUCAGUGCAGAAGAUGCAGAAAGAUGGGAGAGGAAAAAGAGGAGGAAAAAUCCCGACCUGGGAUUUUCAGAUUAUGCUGCUGCCCAGCUUCGCCAGUACCAUCGGCUGACCAAACAGAUCAAACCGGACAUGGAAACAUAUGAGAGACUGAGAGAAAAGCAUGAGGAAGAGUUUUACCCAACAUCCAACAGUCUUCUUCAUGGGACACAUGUGCCUUCCACAGAGGAAAUUGAUAGGAUGGUCGUAGACCUGGAAAAACAAAUUGAAAAACGAGACAAAUAUAGUCGGAGACGUCCCUAUAAUGAUGAUGCAGAUAUUGACUACAUUAAUGAAAGGAAUGCCAAAUUCAACAAGAAGGCAGAAAGAUUCUAUGGGAAAUAUACAGCUGAAAUUAAACAGAAUUUGGAAAGAGGAACAGCUGUCUAAUCCCUUCAGGAACUGUUUAGAAGCUUGAGAAUGGAGUGAAAAUUUCUACUAGCAAAUUGAAGUUCUCUUCAGAGUUACACCAGUAAACCAGAACUCGGUCUAUGCCUUCCCACUCAGCAUUUAAAAAUAAAUGUUUUUUCUUAAACUUCUACUUCCAUGUAUAUUUCCACAUUUUUGUGCUUGGAUAUAAGAUGUAUUUCUUGUAAUGUACUUGUUUUGUAAAAAUCUACUUUGUAUAAAUUCUAUUAUUUUUCUAUGUA